AUGGGUCAAUCAAAUAGUAAUAAUGGUGGCGGUGGUGAGGGACGUCGCCAUCGUAAAAACAAAAAUUCAAGCAAAAGCGGUGAAAUCCAUGGUAGAAAAAAUUCGAAAAAUGAUAUCCCAGACAGGAUUGCGAUAGAGCUAGAGAGAAAGAAUUUUACAAAUAUCGAAAGUUUUUCAUUGCAGGCUACCUUUGAGAAUAUAUGUAAGGUUGACGAAUACGGGGUCGAACUUAUUGACGAGGAAUCUUUUGUUAGUUAUAUAGGAUUCCCAGAGGCGACUGGAUUUGGAUCAAUGGUCUAUCGCUCAUUCUCAUACCUUGCCGGUUAUCCCGAUUGCAAACGUUCCAAUACGCCACUAACCUAUGAAGGAUUUUUAAAAGCCGUUGCCAUCUAUUGUGACAAGUGUAAAGAUGUAAUUAAAGAAGAUCGAACAAAACUUCUCUUUGAUUCAUUUUCCGUCUCUGAAGAUGACAAAUGUAGUAAAUCCGUUUGUGUCACCGAAAAUCCUGAUCUUUCGAAAAUUCCUGAUGAUGAAUCAAGUAAAAAUGGUACUAAAGUCACAUGUGAUGAUAUGUGGUCAAUAUUGACGGGAAUCUGUUGGAUCACGGAUAGUGAAUUAUUAUAUUUUUCAACAAAACCCGAACAGUUUGCCGCAGUCUCGGCGAAUCUAAUGUCACCCGAAACCAUUAAAGAAAUUCGCAAAAUUACUAUUAAGGUAGUGGAAUCAAUGGCACGUAGCGAUACUAGUUUAAAGAACCUCAAUUCUGCAGAAAUAUUAAAGGAAUCAAUUAAAUGGCCAGUGUUUAGAGAUUUUAUAAGAAGGAACACCCCAAACAUAUUUCAUGGCUUUACGCCAUUUUUCUACACGUUAUUUUGCAUCGGUCAGACUCUAUCACAAAAUCGGGGAUCAUCACUAAUUGGAUCGCACGCAAAUUACUGGCCAACCCUGGAUGGCCCUUCGGAAUUGCUGAAUUACGAAAACGCGGCCUUACUAUUAUGGAUGUUACCAAAAAAGACAACAAUCGGAAGAGGAUGGAAUGUUUUGUAUACAGGAAGCACACACGGUUUCAGCAUGAAUCGUUUUGAAAGUCACGUAUUCAGAUAUCCUGGUCCAACUCUAAUCCUGAUCCAUGCAGAAAUCGUACCACCCAAAAGGAGUUCAUCAAGUUCCAUACCGAUUACAAAUCAUAAUGAAAGAAAUUCGCAAACCAUUCUUUUGGGAGCAUAUGUGGCAGACCCAUGGCGCUCAACAAGUUCUCCAAAACAAUGUUUUGGAUCAGAAGAAUGUUUUUUAUUUCAACUUCUGCCGACAUAUGAAGUCUUUCGCACUACCAAUAAGAACACAAACUAUGCUUACUAUAAUCCUUCUGUAGGAAUUGGGUUUGGUGGGUUGGCCACGUCGGGAUUGACAUCGAGUAAGAUUGAAAAUAUGAUGAAGAAUUCAUUUGUUCUGCAACUUGACAAUACUCUACAGUCAGGGAGAUUUAAGGUUGAUCCAUUGAGUGGUCUUGCUCCUACGUAUUCUUCAUCGACAACGCGAUCAUCCAUUGAUAUUAUAUUCGAAGUAUUGGAAAUCGAAGUUGUGGGAGCGGGAGGAAACAGCGCCAAAGAAAAGCAAGAUAAAGAGUGGAGAUGGGAAGAAGCUGAAGCGACCAAAAGAAAAAGUCUCCGAAGAAGUUCAAAAUCUGUUGAUAAGGAAAUUCUCAAGCUUGCCGGUAUCAUCAAUGAGGAUUCCCGAUCGGAGCGAUAA